AUGGCCGAGUUCCUGGAAAAGGUGCGCUUUAUUGAUGUCGGACUCGAUGACACGGCUACGGUUCGCUUGGUGGAGAGAAUCAAGGACACAAAUGUCAAAUAUAUCACCCUCAGCUACAGGUGGACUGCAGAAACACCAAAAACGAAUCUGAAAACCCACAACAAGGACAAAUACCAUCAAUCGAUCCCUACCGAGAACUGGCCCCAGAUAUACAAGGAUGCCGUUGCUUUAUCUCGCACCCUCGGUAUCCGUUAUGUAUGGAUCGAUUCGCUUUGUAUCAUCCAGGACGAUGGGAAAGACUGGAACACUCAAGCUUCGUUGAUGCAUCGUAUUUACACCCAUGGCUACCUCAACCUCGCCCAUGCAUGUGCCGAAUUCUCACCAGGCCUCGAGGUCACCCGGGACCCAAUCUCUGUAUCGCCCUGUGUUCUUGCCCGUACUCGUACUGCCAGCUCGAGGGAAUACUGGGCUUGUUUUGUGAACUACACUCCGUCAUCAGACCUUGCACGUGCUCCACUCUACUCGAGAGGAUGGUGCUAUCAGGAGAGAUUUUUGGCUACGCGCACUGUUCACUUUAGCCAGCAGCUCUAUUGGGAGUGCAAAGCCGGACACGCUUCUGAAUCAUUCACAGGAGACAAGGGAUUGGCUUGGUCCAGGGGUUCUGCGAGCAGUAACCCAGACAUACUCACAUCUGCUGAUCAAGCCAACGACCAAAGCUUUUCCACUGUCUUUGGUGUGAGCACGGAGCGCGACUGGUGUGUAGCGGGGUUGUGGAAGAAAUAUCUGAUACGGCAGCUGAUAUGGUACCGUGUUUCGCAUCGUCACGGCCACUAUGACGAGUUCGAGAGGAUACGGGACACCGCAUACCAUGCAUCAUUCGAAAAACAACUUGCUGGCUUCCCAUCGUGGUCUUGGGCUUCAUGUCCAACCUCCCCGGGCUCAUCCUCCAUUGCUUGGCCGGGUCAUACAGAACCAGAAUACCAAAAUGAACCUCUGGUGGAGGUUGAGACCAUCAUUCCACUCAACUCUCAAGCCCUUCACCUUGGCUAUCCUGGCUUCGAGUCCUCCGCACUGAUCUUGCGCACUGCGUUCGACUUCCUCGGUUUUGACGCCGAACAGCUUCUCUCAAAAUGGGAGUCCUGGUAUUCUACGUGCAAAGCUGACGCCCGAGCGUAUAACGGUGACAUGUGCCAGUUUCAGGUAUUAAUAAACCUUGAUCGGCCAAUAAUAGGCGUUGUCAAGAAAGAAGAUCUACGGCUGCUCUCUAUCAGCAUGGAGUACCAAGCUGGACGGUGGGACACCGUAUGGAUCGAGGGUAUCCUCCUAGAGGAAGUGGGUGUGGAGGACGGUUUACCGACAUUCCGCCGAAUGGGCCAGUGGUCGCAUAGGUACGACAUGGAUACUUGCACACAACAAAGCCCAAUUCCUGGAUUACUGGGAUCUUUCGACACCAAGGAGCGUCUCGAGAUUGAACUAGGAGAGUUUAGAAAGAGGCGUGAAUCACUUCCCUUUCACAGGUACAAGUUGGUAUAA